CAGGCGUCUGGCGCGCCCCCGCCUCUCCCCGCUUCCUUCCAGCUCUCGGGUUUCUCCACCCUCCAGGCCCCGCCUCGCCGCUGGGCGCCUCCUCCUUGUAGUCGCCCCGUGGCUCCGCGGGCAAGCUGCGUGUUGCUGCGUCAUCGCCAGUGGCCGGUUUGAAUGAGGUUCUUGUCGCUCUCGAGCUGCCGCCACUACCGCGCCUUCGCCUCGGCUGCUGCCACCGCUUCUUCGUGUCCCUUUCCCUUCGCCGCCCUUGCCAGGCCCAGCCUUCCUGCGCCGCCACCCCUCUCGCCCGCCAUGCCGCUCUACUCUGUUACUGUGAAAUGGGGAAAGGAGAAAUUUGAAGGUGUAGAGUUGAAUACUGAUGAACCUCCAAUGGUGUUCAAGGCUCAGCUUUUUGCACUGACUGGAGUCCAGCCGGCCAGACAGAAAGUUAUGGUGAAAGGAGGAACGUUGAAGGAUGAUGAUUGGGGAAACAUCAAAAUAAAAAAUGGAAUGACUCUACUAAUGAUGGGAUCAGCGGAUGCUCUUCCUGAGGAACCCUCAGCCAAAACUGUCUUCGUAGAAGAUAUGACAGAAGAACAGUUAGCGUCUGCUAUGGAAUUACCAUGUGGAUUGACAAACCUUGGUAAUACCUGUUACAUGAAUGCUACAGUUCAGUGUAUUCGGUCUGUGCCUGAACUCAAAGAUGCCCUUAAAAGGUAUGCUGGUGCCUUGAGAGCUUCAGGGGAGAUGGCUUCAGCACAGUAUAUUACUGCAGCCCUUAGAGAUUUGUUUGAUUCCAUGGAUAAAACUUCUUCUAGUAUUCCACCUAUCAUUCUACUGCAAUUUUUGCACAUGGCUUUUCCACAGUUUGCAGAGAAGGGUGAUCAAGGACAAUAUCUUCAACAGGAUGCUAAUGAAUGUUGGAUACAGAUGAUGCGAGUAUUGCAACAGAAAUUAGAAGCCAUAGAGGAUGAUUCUGUUAAAGAGACAGAUUCUUCAUCUGCAUCAGCUGUGACACCUCCUAAAAAGAAAAGCUUAAUUGAUCAGUUCUUCGGGGUUGAGUUUGAAACUACAAUGAAAUGUACAGAAUCUGAAGAAGAAGAAGUCACUAAAGGAAAGGAAAAUCAGCUUCAGCUUAGCUGUUUUAUCAAUCAAGAAGUCAAGUAUCUUUUUACAGGACUUAAAUUGCGACUUCAGGAAGAAAUCACCAAACAGUCUCCAACAUUGCAAAGAAAUGCUUUGUACAUCAAAUCUUCCAAGAUCAGCCGGCUCCCUGCUUACUUGACUAUUCAGAUGGUUCGGUUUUUUUAUAAAGAGAAGGAAUCUGUGAAUGCUAAAGUUCUUAAGGAUGUUAAAUUUCCUCUUAUGUUGGAUGUGUAUGAACUAUGCACACCUGAACUUCAAGAGAAAAUGGUCUCUUUUCGAUCAAAAUUCAAGGAUCUAGAAGAUAAAAAAGUGAAUCAGCAGACAAAGACAACUGACAAAAAGAGUAGUCCCCAGAAAGAAGUUAAGUAUGAGCCCUUUUCUUUUGCUGAUGACAUUGGCUCCAAUAACUGUGGAUACUAUGAUUUACAAGCAGUGCUAACACAUCAGGGAAGGUCUAGCUCAUCAGGACAUUAUGUAUCAUGGGUGAAAAGGAAACAAGAUGAAUGGAUUAAAUUUGAUGAUGAUAAGGUCAGCAUUGUGACACCAGAGGAUAUCUUGCGACUUUCUGGUGGUGGAGACUGGCAUAUAGCUUAUGUUUUACUCUAUGGGCCUCGCCGAGUUGAAAUAAUGGAAGAGGAAAGUGAACAGUAAUCAUUUUAGCUAUUUAUGCUUAGGUGUGAAAUAAAUGUUAUUUGUUGAUCAUUUCUAUAAUCCAGAGCUUUAGAGGAAGAUACGUAAGUGGUUUUGUUUCCCCUCGUGUUGAACAAGAGGGCAGAAGCAGACCACUCUGUGUAUCAGCCUAAAAAAUUAUAAAAAAGAGAAAAAUGGCCUUUGGACUGUGCUGCCCUGUAUUAAAGGUGGCAGGAAGACAUUUAAAAAACCUUAUUUCUUGCAUUGUUUUUAAAUUUCUGAGUUGAAAUGCCUUUCAACUAAUUACCUUCUGUGAUGGUUUUUCCCCCUGCCCUUUUUAGCCCAAGAUUCGGCAAUGUGAUGUUUAUUGCACACCUGUUACUGUUAUUUGUUGUUCUUGCAUGGUUCAAACCACAAGUGAUUCAGUAGCUGUCCAUCCUUUGCCUUACCUAACAGAUUUUGUCAGGAAGAUGGAAAGGAAGUAAGUGUUGCUCUCAUUGUGCUCUCAGUGCUGCUGUCCACAUCCCAUGGAAACAUGGGUACAAUCAAGUAUUUGUCCAGCCUGAUAGUUGCUGGCUUUUCAUGACUUUAAAAUAAAUUGUGAUCAAUAGUACAUUUGAUUAUACAUUUAUUACUGUGUCUCUGAUGUACUAUGGUUUGUACAUUUAACUUUGCAUUGGUUUUGUAGCAAUCAACCUUAAAAAAUGUUGACAAGCUCUGGUUGCUUAUUUUUAGAAAAAUGAGGAUAUUUAAUAAAAAAAAAAAAA